GGAUGGACGGCAGCGAUGGCCUCGCCUCGCGCCGCCGCCGCCGCCGACGAGAUGGCCCCAAAGAAGGACAAGGCUCCGCCGCCGUCGUCGAAGCCGGCCAAGUCCGGCGGUGGCAAGCAGAAGAAGAAGAAGUGGAGCAAGGGAAAGCAAAAGGAGAAGGUGAACAACUCGGUGCUGUUUGACCAGGCCACCUACGACAAGCUGCUCUCCGAGGUGCCCAAGUAUAAGCAGAUCACCCCAUCCGUCCUCUCGGAGCGCCUCAGGAUCAAUGGAUCCCUGGCACGAAGGGGCAUCAAGGACCUGAUGGCAAGGGGGCUCAUAAGGAUGGUCUCAGUUCAUUCCAGUCAGCAGAUUUACACUAGGGCCACAAACACAUGAGGGUCUUGGUGUCUUCUGCUAUAUUAAGUUUAUUUUGAACACUUAUCAGUGAAUGUUACCGUUGACCUUGAGAAUGUUAAAUGUUUUUUAGAUUAUGGUACUAUUUUAAGCUCAAAUAUGGAGUAUCAGCUCAAAUUGGCAGCCUAAUAUUGGUCGAAAUAUGGAGUAUCAAUGUUGUUAUAUUAUUUUGGUUGA